UGGCUCGAUAUUACACACUUUCUUCAUUAUUUUUUAUUAAAUCAGAGGGUUUUUUAACAAGAGGGUAGCCAAACAAGAUGGCACCUAAAAUCACGUUUGGCCACCCUCUUGUUAAACACCUGUCAUGGAAUACACAUUGGUUCAUGAUAAACUGUAAUUGCUAAAGUCUGAUCGAGCUGACUUUAUUUAAUUCUGUGUUGUAUUUUUUCCAUGACUCUGUUCCUGCACUGCGCUCAUUACAAUGAUAAAUUUGACUUUUUUAAACACCAAGUGCUCACAAUCAAGUUUCUGUCCAGUAGUGACAAUUAAUAGAACCAGAAAUGUUGCAAGAACCUCAUAUUGCACUCUCAUAAAUCAGACCAUGUUAGCUCUUUUUGCCCUGAUGCUGCUCAGUCCAGCACUGCUGUUGUGCUUCUUAUUGACUGUGAGAGGUGCUGUUGCCCAGGGAGAGGAUAGUGCUCAAAAGAGCUGCGUAAAGAAGGCAUUGCGUCAGACAGGACAGAGAAAACAGACGAAGCGCUGUUGUUUGUACGUUACGCUCGUUUUGGAACAUUCUGAACAAUACAGAGUGGAUUUCUAAAUUCUUGAAUAUUUGAAAACUGAUACAAUACAAGUGUAUGAUUGUAUUUUACUCGGAUUACUACAUUUGCAGGAUGGGGGACAACAAAAGGGUCCAUUUGCGGCGGUGUGUAAAAUGGCAAGCAGGAUUCUCCAUUUUUCUUUUAUUCGUGCUGAACUCGGCGUCCGGGCAGAUUCGUUACUCCAUUCCAGAGGAAAUGAGACCAGGAUUGUUUGUCGGAGAUGUGGCGAAGGAUCUCGGUUUGGAUGUGAAAAGGUUGGUGUCUGGUCGUGCGCGUCUCGUCAUUGAUGACAGUAGACAAUAUGUCGAACUGAACCGUAACAAAGGACAUUUGGUGGUGAAAGAGAGAAUAGACAGAGAGCAGCUCUGCGGACAAAAAUCACCGUGUAGUUUCGGUCUUGAGAUUUUGCUUGAAAAUCCUCUUGAAUUUUUCUCGAUUACAAUCGAGAUUCAGGACAUCAAUGAUCAUGCACCCGUUUUUUCUAAGAGAGAAAUCAUUUUAGAGAUUAGCGAGUCCACGCCUAUAGGCACCAUUUUCUUGUUAGACACCGCGACUGAUCCCGAUGUUGGGUUGAAUUCUCUUCAAAGCUAUAGUCUGAAACCUACUGAUAAUUUUGAUUUAAAGCAGCACAGUCGCUCAGACGGCAGCAAGUACGCAGAGAUGGUGUUGCAGUCAGUGCUAGACAGAGAGAAACAGGGCGAGCAUUCACUUAUAUUAACGGCUAUAGAUGGUGGAGACCCGCCGCGCUCUGGAACUGUUAAAAUACUCGUUACUGUCCUCGAUGCCAAUGAUAAUGUACCCGUUUUUACAGAAUCGUUGUAUAAAUCAAGUGUAGCUGAGAACGCAAUUAAAGGGACGCUGAUAACUAAAGUAAGUGCAUCUGAUGCAGAUGAAGGUUACAAUGGCAAUGUAACGUAUUCAUUUACUCAUAUCGGAGAGGACGCAGCGCACCUCUUCCAAAUCAAUGCACAUACAGGUGAAAUUAUACUAAUUGGAAAUCUAGAUUUUGAAUCAAUUCAACAUUAUGAAAUUAACCUUCAAGCUAAAGACCCAGGCGGUCUUGCGGGUACCAGUAAAUUGUUUAUAGAUGUUGUAGAUGUUAAUGACAACAGCCCAGUUAUAACCAUGACAUCUUUUUCGGGUAAAAUACAAGAGGAUUCUCCACCUGGCACCGUUGUAGCUUUGAUAAGCGUCCAAGAUGUAGACUCCGGUAAAAAUGGACAGGUCCGCUUAAGUUUGGAACAAAACUCUCCCUUUGCAAUUAAACCAUCACCGCGUAAGUACUACACUUUAGUAACCGACGCGCCACUGGACCGAGAAAAAGUUUCCAUUUUUAACCUAACGUUAGUUGCAUCAGACGAAGGCAGCCCCUCAUUAUUCAGUAAAAAAACAAUUUCACUAGAAAUUACUGAUAUCAACGACAACGCGCCAGCCUUUAGUCAGCGUGAAUAUAAAACGUAUAUAUUAGAGAAUAACUCUCCCGGCGUUUCAUUGCUUACUCUUCAAGCAACAGACCCUGACGCAGGGCAAAACGCGCGUAUCGCGUAUUAUAAUAUAGAUACCGAUGUAAAUGGUUCUCCUGUCUCAGCGUACUUCUCUGUUAACGCAGACAAUGGAAUUAUCCACGCGGUUCGGUCAUUUGAUUAUGAACAAAUGAAAGAGUUUAAAAUACACGUGAGAGCGCAGGAUGGAGGGUCUCCACCUCUCGGUUCAAAUGCUACAGUUCUCAUUAACGUUCAGGACCAGAAUGACAACGCGCCUCAGGUUCUGUAUCCGGUCCAGUCAGCCGCUUCUGUGGUGGCUGAAAUAGUGCCUCGUUCGGCAGAUGUGGGUUAUCUGGUGACUAAAGUGGUGGCUGUUGAUGUGGACUCUGGUCAGAAUGCCUGGCUCUCAUAUAAACUGCACAAAGCCACAGACAGGGCGCUGUUUGAAGUGGGCUUACAGAAUGGAGAAAUAAGAACUGUACGCCAAGUCACAGAUAAAGAUGCUGUCAAACAAAGACUCACUGUUGUAGUGGAGGACAACGGGCAGCCCUCUCGAUCAGCUACAGUCAAUGUUAACGUGGCGGUGGCGGACAGCUUUCCUGAAGUGCUCUCAGAGUUCACUGACUUUACGCACGACAAGGAAUAUAACAAUAACAUGACUUUCUAUCUGGUCCUGGCCUUGGCUGCAGUCUCAUUUCUUUUCAUAACAUGUUUAGUCGUCAUAAUAUCUGUUAAAAUCUACAGAUGGAGACAAUCUCGUUUGUAUUAUCACUCAAAUCUCCCGGUUAUUCCGUACUAUCCGCCGCGUUACGCGGACACUGUUGGCACAGGAACUCUGCAGCACGUGCAUAAUUAUGAAAUUUAUAGAACUACAGACUCCAGGAAAAGUGAUGUAAAGUAUUUCGGGCCCAUCAGUCAAAGUCUGAUGAGUGUUGACGUGAGUGGAACAGAAACAAUUCCAAAGGAGACACGAGCCGCUGACUGUACCGAUGCGCACAGCACACUGCCUGAGGAAGGUUGA